CUUACAGUUUUCAGAUCCGUUGUUCCUUUUUCCAAAAAAAGGCGUAAAUAUGCCACCAAAAAGAAACGUUGGGAAGGUUGCUCAGACUUUACAGAUUGGACUUGGUGAAGGCAGUCCAACACACUUAGAAGGGGAGAAUGAGCCAAUCAUUCCACCACCAUUGUCACCAAUACUUAGGGAGCACUCUUUUGUCAAUCCUACCUUCAACAAGGAUAGUAAAUCUGGAGAUGAUAUUGCUCAAUCUGGUAGAUGCGAAGAUCUUCCGAGUACCAUAGACUUGAAAUUUGUUAAGGAUGUUUUAUCUGGACAGCAGUUAUGGCAAAGCUUUGAGCACCGAGUUAAUACUUUUUUACCUGGUGCAGGUAUCGGGUAUGAUCUUGAAACAGGUAUGGAUUCAACAUAUUCAAGAGCAAUUAGCCUUGUGUUGAAUAAUGAUCAAGAAAGUGAGAAUUUCUAUAUAAGUCUUAACACUACAGACAGAGCUUCGGUCAUUUUAUCCGAAGGAACUCUAAAGAUAAUGUGUUGGGGGAAAGACACAGGCUGCUGCCUUGAAGGAUUUGUACCAAAGUCAGACGAGGAAUGGAACAAAAAUAAUUGGACAGAAGGGUGUAUUAGACGAACUGAACUAAGUUGUUUGGCAAGGACAAGUCUGGAAGCAUCACAGGGUGAAGAAACAGAUAAGUUUUGGGAAAUGAAUGCAAUCGAGCUACCAGAUAAGUCCAAGUAUCAAGAAGUUAAAGAUGUGAAUGAAUGUGGACAGUGGAAGCUAAGAGUAGAUCUCAUUACUAGUCUCAGAACAGUUUCUUGUAUCAUUAGCUUGGGUGCCUUAGUCUAUGGUUUAUGCUGGCAGAGAUCAAAAACAAUUGGUAAAAAAGACCAAACCUUGGAAAAUUUUGAUCCAGAUGCUAGAAGGGAGAGUCCUUGGGACACUUUGCUGGAAUCUAUGUUGAGAAGCAUUGUUAGAAAAGGUGAGCCACAGGAGCUGCCUUUGUUUGAUUUUUAUAGCAUAGCAGUUGUUACCAAAAACUUCAGCAUGGCUAAUAAACUUGGGCAAGGAGGAUAUGGGCCAGUUUAUAAGGGAAAGCCACAUGAUGAAACAGAUAUAGCAGUCAAGAGACUCUCUAGUAGUCAAGAGACGCUCUAGUAGCUCAGGACAAGGCAUAGAAGAGUUCAAGAACGAAGUCGGGUUGAUUUUGAAACUACAACACAGAAAUCUUGUCAGGCUAGUUGGUUGCUGUGUUGAAGCUGAAGAAAGGACACUAAUUUAUGAAUUCCUGGCCAACAAAAGCUUGAAUAAUUAUCUGUUUGGUAGGUUCCAUUGAGAAAAUUUCUUUUCUCCCUUAGUUGCAUCACAUCACAUCUCAUCAUAUCAUUUUCUUAACCAUAAAGUUUCCAGCUUUACACCUUCUUCCCUGUCCUUCACCAUCUCCAUCACAAUUACUCUUUUCCCUUGUUAGAUAUCUGUUAUUCUCUAACGCCAUGCCUAUCAUCAAUGUUGGCCCUCGGCACCACCAGCGUGAGGGUCUUGUGCUCAAGGACCCUGGACCUGCUGGGUUUGCUCUCAUUUUUUGUCUGGCUUUGUCAAAUGGAAAUUCUGGGGUGAGUAAUCAAUAGCCGUUAGCCAAGAACAAGAUUUUUACUCUCUCUGUUUGUGGUUCUGAGAUUCAUGGGUUUUGCUUGAUAUUGUUUGAAAGCUACAUUUUUUUCAAUAAAUAAAGCUCUAGUGAUGAGAAAUUUGAGGAUUUGCUUUAAUUAUCUUAAGUGGCCUUCUUUAAUAUAGUAGGGAAAACCGGAAUUUAGCAGAUCAUUUAUGCAACUAGGAAUGAAGAAAUCUGCUUCUGGGUUUAUGUGCGUGUGAAAUCCAUAUGAAUUCCUGUGAAUUCCAGCGAUCGAUAGCCAUGGAGUAAAAUAAGGCAUGGAAACUUGAAAGGGUCUGUUUAGGCAGGCUUCUUGAAAAGUUUCUACAUUUUCUUGUUGGAAUGUACAUUUCUUAGGCUUGAAGUGUUAUGUGGUUCAGUGAUGAACUGAGGAAAUGUAAUCAUUUUACAAGGUACUUACAUGAAAAAAAUACAUUUUUUGUAAUAAAAAAUUUUCAUAUCA